GGUCCCUGAGCCUUCCUGACGUCACUGAUGUAAACAAACACGAGCAUCCCUGAGCAGCCGAACACGGUGCAUCUCUACCACCACGCCUCACUCCGCUACAGGACACGACACACGCGCCCUCUCUACAACCCACCUACCACCACCACCCAACAGGAGCUGAGGAAGGCAGAGGCCAGGCAGUAUCCACUCAAGGAAAGCCUACCACUGCCCUGCUGUCCCUGCCACGUGCUCCCCGCCACAAUGCUGCCCACCUUCAAGAAGGCCGUGCAAGCCACGCUCUCCAACUGGCCUGCGUUACAGUUUGCAGUGCAGCAGCAGGCAGGAGGGCCACAGAGUUCAGCCAUAGCAGAGUGGAUGGUGGGAGUCACUGAACAGUACUUCUAUGACAAUGAGUGGCCUUUGUGGCUGUUCUCACCAACAGAAGACCUGGAGGCAGAGGAGGUGGCUGACUACCUGGCAACAAUAAUGGACCAGGAACUCAACACAAUGGUGGAAGAUGAGUCUGAUUUAGAGGUUGGGCAGUGUUUGUGUCGCUUCUACCGGCUGUGUAUGGAGGGGAGUGAUGCACAGGUCUUGGAUGACCUGUCAAAGAUCCCAACAGGCAGUAAGCUGUCCUUCAGAGUCCAGGACCUGUGUGAAGAGGAAGAAGAGUCAGACAAACCCCCUCAACUAGUGGACCGCCUGGGUGCCCUACAGCUGGCCGAGGCACCACCCAGACCUGAGCCAGAGCCUCGGACGGCGGAGCAGCUGAGGGAUGAGGCGGAGGGGUGGACAAUGGUGCAGAGAAGGAAACACAAAUGAUGAUGGUCUUAAUAAAUAGUGUUGGUUGUGGA